GCAGUUCGGAUAUUUUUGCAAUAUCAAAGCGUUUCUAUCCAGCAUGGAGAGAAAUUUUACUGCUGCUCUGGCUCUUCUCCGGAGUAGAUCGAGGCCGAGAUCGACUGCAGUAGUGAAUACAGAUCUUCCAAAGGUGGUCUUGCCUGCUGGUGACCUUGCCGGUAGAGGCAAUCCGCCAGUACUUGGAAUGAGAGGAUGGCUGAAGCAACUUGGCCAUACGGAUUGUGUACUUGCCAAUCUGAAGAUUAUCCACGUUGCUGGCACUAAGGGAAAGGGCAGCAUGUGUGCAUUUAUCGAAUUCUUUCUCAGAACUCAUGAAGAGCGGACUCAUUUUCCGCUCAAGACUAGUCUUUAUACUUCGCUACAUCUGAUAUCGAUAACGGAAAGGAUUCGAAUCAACUUUCAGCUGCUUUCUGAAGCUGCUUUUGCACAAUAUAUCUUCGAAAUCUCCAACGCCCUAUCCCUCGAUUAGCAAAACGAAGAUUCUGGUUU